CGAGGUCAUUCAAUUUGAAAUUGUCUGAAAUAGCACGAUCGUCCGUUGGCCUGACGCUGAGGGUCAGAGUGUGCAGCUGCACAGUUGAUCUAUUGUGUUGCACAGACAUUCUCGCACAUCUGACCAUUGCAGCGAUAUAAAAAGGGAUACAUCUAAUUUUUGGCAUGAUCAGACGAAAUGCACGUCUGCGCCGCGAGUAUCUCUACAGGAAGAGUCUAGAGGGAAAGGAGAGAGACGAGUACGAAAGAAAGCGGAAGAUCAGAACAGCCCUUGAAGAGGGCAAGCCCAUCCCCAACGAGCUGAGGAAAGAGGAGCAGACCCUCAGGCGGCAAGUGGAGCUUGAGGAUGACAACACAGCAGUGCCGCGCACUCACAUCGACGAUGAGUAUGCACAUGCCGGGGAGCGUGACCCCAAGAUCCUCAUCACCACCUCCAGAGAUCCCAGCAGCCGCCUCACCCAGUUUGCUAAGGAGCUCAAACUGGUCUUCCCCAAUGCCCAGCGCAUCAAUCGUGGAGGCCAGAUCAUCAGCGAGUUAGUGGAGACCUGCAGGAGCCAUGACUUCACAGACAUUGUGGUGGUCCAUGAGCAUCGAGGAGAGCCCAAUGGCAUGGUUGUGUGCCAUCUGCCCUACGGGCCUACAGCUUUCUUCGGCGUGUACAAUACAGUUUUGCGGCAUGACAUUGGUGAGAAGAAGAAGGUGGGGACCAUCUCAGAGGCCUGCCCGCACCUCAUCAUCAACAAUUUCUCCUCGCGCCUGGGGGAGCGAGUGGGCAACAUUCUCAAAUACCUCUUCCCCUGCCCGAAGGAUGACAGCAAGAGGGUGAUCAGCUUGGUGAACCAGGCAGACUACAUCUCCUUCAGGCACCACACAUACGAGAUGCCGCGCGGCGCAAAGUCAGUGGUCCUCACAGAGUGCGGGCCGAGGUUUGAGCUGAAGAUAUACCAGAUCCGGCUGGGUACACUGGACCAGCAGCAUGCAGAGAACGAGUGGGUGCUGCGCGCAUACACACGCAGCGCCAAAAAGGCCAAGCUCGCAGAAGAGCCAGAGGAGGAGUGACGAUGGUUUACAUUGGGUUCCUGCAUGUUGUGGUAGACCGUGAUAUAUCUGCCGCUGACAAUGCUGACCUGAGCAUUGAAAUUGUAGCUUUCAAGGAUCAGAUUUUAAGAUCCAGUUUGCACCUGCCGGCCCAUGGUCUCCAGUGUCGCAUUUUCGUCCAGUCUGCCCAGUGGCAUUUGUGCCUCAAUUCAUACAUGUGUCGCAUGCAUGCAGAAGUGCCCCUGACAUCUGUCGGGUGACGAGCAAUUAUACGUAUACAAACUGAGAUUUCUUGGCAUUCCCAAUGAACUGCGGCACAGCCGACCCUAGCCACGCCCAGUGCAGCCAUUUCACAAGUAGUAUAGUAAUCACGCCCACCCUCCAAGUACAGCAGGGUGUCACACGUGUACACAGAUUCUAUGUCACAGAACGGUUCUAAAGACCGAUCGCCGGUCGCGGCGCGGCGUCUUCACUGAAUAAAUACACAGCUGCUGUAAGGGGCAAAUGCUCCCUAUUUGCACUUCACUUGGAUUUUGGCCACCU